CACUAUUUUAGUACUUUUAAAUUACCAAAGACAGGCUGGAUGAGCGGAUUGCCCUUGAGCAUGGCGUAAGUUAAGAAGUAUGCAGGAUCAGAGUCGUUGGCCUGUAAGAAACUUCCUCAUUCCCAGUCCCAGUAUAUUCUUUAUUCUAAUAUGGCGUAUCACCGUGCAAAUGAUGUAUCCAUACGGAUACAUGGACUGUUCGCUGCAGGACGCGUUGGAUAAUGAGUAUCUGGUAUGGAACAAGGGCGAUCACCGGGAAAAUCAAAUGAUGCUGAUAAGGGAAACCGUUCAAACCACACUCCUGCUCGUGCUAAUGAUAGAGGUGAUGCUGACGUUCAAUAUUCCGAUUCCGAUGGUCAUAGGCGCCGGAAUAUAGUCUCGGCUCUGAACUCUGUUCCCGCCUUAUUGCUAUAGAAGCUCUAUAGCUACAGUCCGUUUAUUGUCCCAUUAAAACAAGAGUGCUCAAAUAAUUUCGUCUUGGGGUAGGACCGCCAUUGUGUCAACGUUCGUCGACUUUGUCGUUGUCGUCGCUGCACAUUUAAUCAGUAAAUUUUAUUUUUAAAAAUGGUAUUAAACAAUAUUUGCCAUAGCAAAAGUCCGACGCUCGCAGUGCAAUAAACUUUUCAGCACUUG